AUGCUGGAGAGGCAAUGGCGGCAGUCUUCACUUCAUAUCCACCGGGAACUAUUCUCUGCCCAGCGUGACCUUGUCAAUUCCCUUGUGAAGAGGGCAAAGCGUUCCUAUUAUGUGGCUAUCAUUGAAGACUGUCACGACGACUCUAAAAAACUCUUCUCUGUAGCUAAUCGGCUACUGAACCGUCGACAAUCAUCACCUCUUCCUUCCCACUCAGACAGCUCGCAAAUGGCGUCUACUUUCCUUCACUUCUUCCAGACCAAAGUCAAGAUGAUCUGCGAUAGUUUAGCACCAAAUGAGUCUCCACACAGCCAGCUCACUUCCUCUUCCUUUGAAACUAUCCAACCUACCACUCCUGACGAGAUCAUGUCACUUUUACGUAAACUCCCUCCCAAGUCAUCCUCCUGCAUUGCACCAGACCUACCAGAUCACAUGAUACCUUCUCAGUCUCGCUUUCCUCAUGGUGUACGUCUCAACGUGUCAUGUGAAUAUGGGUAUCAGCUUAGUAGUACAGACAGAAACCUGCCAACAUGCACACGUGGUCAUUGGAAUGAAAGCUUAACUGUAACAUGCGAGAGAGUGCCAUGCGAGGAUCCCGUGAGGAGUUCAUACAGCUCUGUUACAUUACUACCAGGGGAAGUACAGAGCUAUGUCCAUGGUGCCAGAGUCAGGUAUGUUUGCAGCGAAGGCUGGGAGAUUGAGGGGCUUGAUGAACGAGAGUGCGAUAAUGGACAAUGGACAGGAUCUACCCCACAGUGCAGAGCAAUAGCCCCUCCGCGAUGCAAUAUCCCUGAGAGAUUAAAUGGAGAACGAUACCAUAUUAUUGGUUAUCUGGGAAACAUCAAUGAGGGGUUGCCCAUUGGUGGAGAAGUAGAGAUCUCUGUCGGAUGUAAUCCAGGCUAUUACGCUCAGCGUCGUGUUGAUACAAGAUGCUUAGACGGAGGAGUAUGGUCACUUUCUGUACCAAUAUGUGUAAGAAUGGAAAGGCUUUGUUCCAAACCUGGUUACAUUUUUCAAGUUCGUCAGUACGUGAACGGAGAGGAGACAAAGGAACUUGUCACCUACCCUAACGAUGAGAUACCCGAAGGAACGUUUUUAGUGUCUCGUUGCUCCCAACCGGGACAGUAUGUAUUGCGUGGUAGUGCUAAUAGAACAUGUUUGGAUGGACAGUGGACAGGACAGGAGCCAAGUUGUGUUCUUGCAGAUACCAGAUUCAUCUUUCAAAACAACCAGCCUCUUGAAGUCAGGAAUGAUGGAACAAUCAUCAUCUUUCCUCGCAGUCAGCUAUACAUCUAUUGCCGUCUGCCUUUUGACAGCAAUAAAGCAGCAUAUCUUGAAUCGGAUAGGGGACAGUCUGGAGCAUAUUGGAAUCCUUAUCCUUUGACUACAAUGAUAAUGAAUCUAAACCCACCACGUCCCUCACAAUCUGGGCGGUUUACUUGCCGAUCUGCUGAUAGUUCUCUCUCUCACAGCGUCAAUAUUCAGUUCACUGAGAUAUAUUGUGCCCAGCCUCAAACUCCAGCCAAUGGUGGAUACCGCAAUUACGACUUUCACCAACCAAUUGAAGGUCACUACAUGGGAAAAUCUAUCACGUAUACCUGUGACAAUGGCUACGUUCUUCAUGGGCAAAGGAGAAUUACCUGCAUACUUGGAGAGUGGUCACAUCCUGCUCCAACAUGCCAAAGAGCAACUUGUGAAGAAUUACAUGCACCAGACAAUGGCAUGAUAGUAGGGGGCAACAGAAUAGGUGAUUCUGUUUUGAUAGGAUGCAACAGAGGAUAUAGGUUACAUGGAGAAAAUUUCUUGGACUGUCUAGAAACUGGAGAAUGGUCCCAUCCUAUGUCUGUCUGUGUUGAAACCCCUCAGCCAGUGCAUCCUUGUGAUUUGGUCAACUGUGAGGUGUGGCAAAUGUGUGAGACAGACAUUAACGGUGUUGGCGAGUGUCUAUGCAUCAGCCCUCGUGAAUGCCCUGAAACUGAGGAACCUUCUGUGGUUUGUGGGACGGAUGGACAGAACUACACAAACCUUUGCCAACUCAAAGCCUAUGCAUGUCAACGCGGGUCUGGCGUAGAGGUAGCGUCCAAUAGUACAUCCUGCAUUAUUGGUGUACCUGAGCGUGUGCCACUAACAUCUGCUCCGGAUGUGUACGAGUCACCAAGCAUGUCCUCGUCCUUCGACAUCCAUGUGGAUUCUGGCCCGUCUUUUCCCGAAGAAACUCAACCCGCUGUUGAAGAACCCGAGGCAAACGCAGCCCAUUUAUUCUGUCAUGCCAGCGAUUGCCCAGCCAUUCCAGGAACUGAAUAUUGCCGGAAUGCAACCGCAAUUGUCAUUGCUUAUCCUUAUAAUUGGGAUGACCAGAAUGGAAUAAUGACGAUUGAAAUCUAUGAAGUGAUAAGAGGAGAUCUUCCAUCUUGGACAAAAGAAUCUCACCAAGAAGUUCAUCUGGACGUUGAGGACUUAUCGAUAGGGGAUUGUGUUUGCCCAUCCUUUGAAUCACAAGACCCUGUUAUCAUACGCUUCACUCAAAACCUGACUCAGGAUGGAAUCCCAUGGCUGCUAAACACGGACAUUGUUCUCCUUUAUUCUCAACAAUUAUCUGACGACAUAGAAGAAUGCUUGCAAGAGCUUGAACCCGAACCAACCCCUGAAGUACCACAAGGUGACCAAAAUAGUAGCUUCUUGAGUUACAAUGAGCGGGGCCCACCCACAGCGGACGGUGACCCACCAUCAGUGGAUGGUGGUCAAACUUCAUCAGGUUCAGCGGUCAUCACUACCACGGCUAGCGUCAGCAGAGAAAGCGUUGCUUCCCCAACUGCUUCUUUUUCGGAAUCCUCCUGGGACAUCGUAUGAGGUUCUGGAAAUGUGAAUAUGGCUCACCUUCAUCCUUAUUUUUUCAAUCCCAAGAUUCUAGACCGAUCUACUCGCUUCGGGAUUUAAUCUGGAGAUUCAAGAAACCCGUAUUCUGAUGUCCGGUUUAACUUGACCAUGGUAGAACUCUGUUUCUUAAAGUAUGGGAAGCUGAAAAUUGCACAAUUGCAUUUAUAUUCUUUUAAAAUCUUUGUGGCUCUUUCGUCAAGUUUUAAUGAUGAAGAGAAUUAUUUCAGUCAUUAUUCCCAGUCAAUCAUGUGAGCUGACAAAUACAACUUCUACUGUUGUCAUAGCUGUUCAAAUUUGCUUUCCUUACUUAAAGGACAAGUCCACCCCAUCAAAAAGUUGAUUUGAAUAAAAAUAGAAAAAUCCAACAAGCAUAACACUGUAAAUUUCAUCAAAAUCGGAUGUAAAAUAAGAAAGUUAUGAUAUUUUGAAGUUUCGCUUAAUUUCACAAAACAGUUAUAUGCACAUCCUGGCUGGGAUGCAAAUGAGGAGACUAUGACGUCAUCCACUAUUUCUUUUGUGUUUUAUUAUAUGAAAUAUUCUAAUUUUCUCCUCAUUGUCAAGUGAACUACGAUUAAUUCCUCCCUGAACAUGUGGAAUUAGCUUUGUUUAAUACUAUAUGGUUCAGUCAAGUUGGUCCUUAUUGUCAAAUCUAUAAAAACUGAAAUAUUGUAUAAUUCAAACAAUAAAAAAAAAAGAAAUAGUGAGUGAUGGACAUCAUCCACUGACUCACCUAGUUGUGCAUAUCACUGUUUUGUGAAAAAUAAGCGAAACUUUGAAAUGUCAACCUUCUUAUUUUAAAUCCGAUUUUGAUGAAAUUUUAAGUGUUUUGCUAGUUUAAUUUUUCUCUAUUAUUCAAGUCAGCACUUUCCUGGGGAGGACUUGACCUUUAAACUACGACUCUAGACCAAAGUUUAUAUUCAAAUUGAGUUCAGAAUACAGGCCCAAGAAUAAUAUAUCCAACCGAAGCCAAUACCAGUUUUCCAAUAAUUCACCAAAUAGCUUGCUUUUUCACCAAAAAUAUCCAUUGUUGACUCAAGACGAAUCCAUGAAAUUUUGUUAUUGCAUUUUUAUUAUCAAUCAUCUUUAUAUUGUUAUGAUGGUGAUAAUAUGCCUCACCAGAAAUAGUGGGUUUAUUUUAAAACUCAAGACUGAUGAAAAUUGGGCUUUAAGCUAGCAUGAGGUCAAAGUGUUGCAUCAUGUUUAGAGGGUGUUUGGGAUUGUUUUGAAUAUUUUAGGCCAAUGUUUUCACUCAAACAAAAGAUACCCUCAAGGCAUACCCACAUUUCACUGCAUGUGGCUAUGAAAGGCCAAGUCCACUUAACAAGUUGAUUUCAAUCUUGAUGAAUGGCAUUAUUAAAGACCCAGACUGGACCAAAAAUUAAGUGAAAUUGACAAAUCAUACUCCAGUCAAAAUCUUAUUAACUACUUAACACAGAAAUGCAGGCUUUAUGCAUUUUUCACCGCUUACCAACCGAGUAUCUUGCUUCAGAAUAGCUCCAAUAAUCGGAAUUCGAAAAGAGGCUUUCUUAUAUGUGCCUUCACCAGCUUCGAGACCAUGAUGUCAUGAUGUGUUAGAAGCAUGAUUCCAUAGGUUUGUACACGAGAAAACUAGGUGAUUUAUCCGCUUUUCAGAUUACAUAUGUUAAUUUCUUCACUUCUAUCACAAAGGGGUCAUAAAUAUCUUUCCUGCAAGCUUGCUUUGAUGAAAUCUAAAGCUUUUGAAUACUUUUUACCAUAUUUUAUUUUCUGCAUAUUUGGUGCAGCUUACCAAUAAUCUAUCUGCAUGCCUAACAUUUUUUUCUGACAUAACAAUUUAGGCUCAAUAAGAGCCACAGACAGAAAUUUCAAAAAUAUGAAGAGAUGUAGUUUUCUAUCCAUUUGAUUAAGCACUGACUAGUAAUUAGUGCCAUGUUUUAUACAAAUUGAAAAAAAAUCAUUUCAGAAUCUGAAAAGCAGAAAUAUUGAAGGUCAAGUCCACCUCAGAAAAAUGUUGAUUUGGAUCCAUAGAGAAAAAUCAGACAAGCAUAAUGCUAAAAAUUUCAUCAAAAACUGAUGUAAAAUAAGAAAGUUAAGACAUCUUUAAGUUUUGCUUAUUUUCCACAAAAUAGUUAUAUGCACAAUUUAGUCAUAUGCAAAUGAGAAAAUCGAUGAUGUCCCUCACUCACUAUAUCUUAUGUUUUUUAUUUCAAUUGGUAUAUGAUUUGUCAAUUUCUCUUUUGGGUCUGGUCUGGGUCUUUAAAAAUUUUAAAAAGCAUAUGAUUUUGAAUUCUGUCGAAAUGGAAGGUAAGAUAAGUCACGAUACAUGUAUUUAAAAGUUUUGCUUAUUUAACACAAGGCAAAAGCAAUUUUGUGUCUCGCCCACUUAUGAAAAUAACCAGAAAUCUCGUGAUUUGCGAGGGCACGCAAGAGAAUUAUAUUGAAACUUCAUUGUGAAAUGACUGGGAUGGAAUAACACUUGUCAUAAGAGCCUUGCAUGUAAACUUUAAUGUUGACCUGAAAAUGACCUUUGACCUUACCAUGUGACCUCUGACUGCAGCAUAACAUGCAGGUCCCCCAAGUCCAUCUACCAUCCAAGUUUUUUUUGAAAAAUAACUUACGGUUGUGGAGUUAGGUGUCAUAAGAGAGUCUUGCAUGUAAACUUUAACGUUGACCUGAAAAUGACCUUUGACCUAACCAUGUGACCUCCAACUGCAGCAUACCAUGCAGGGCCCCCAAGUCCAUCUACCAUCCAAGUUUGGUUGAAAAGCGACUUACGGUUGCGGAGUUAGGUUCUAGUUGAAUUUUUUACCAUUUUACUCAUUUUGAAAAAAAUAUUGGUAUUUUAACAAGAAUUUUUAAAAGCAUGAUUGUGAAAUGUACUUAUGAAUUGCCAAUUUCUUAAUAAAAUAGUGAUUAAUGAUUUUAUUACUUUGCCAUUUUAGAGAGUGUUUAAGUUGCUAUUUAAAUUUUAUACUUUAGCUCUGGCUGUUUGAAUUUAAAAUGUGUAUUGAGAAUCUCCCUAGACUUUCUUUUCUUUUAAAUAUAACUUUUUAAUUGUAUCAUAAUGCAUGUGCUACCAUUGUUCAUUAUUAUGAUAGCCUUGUGGACAUACAAGGUUCCAUGGGCCAGAAGUGGAAAUUGAAAAAUUAAAGAUAUAUUCUACUGGUUACUCCCUGAGCCUAGAUAAGAGUAAAGAUUAAUUUAGUAAUAGAGAUUCUGGGAAAACUGUAGUUACAUGUAUAACAAGUACAUGUACCACAGUAAUUACUGCACAGUGUUUCGUACACUCUGUGGCCGACCAAUCCCGUAGCACUACUGCGUAUGAAUUCACAAUAAUGGAUUAAUUUGCACGCAUAAUGAAACGCACAGAACACCAGCCUAAUGUUACUUGAAAUUGAAUUGAAAACAGCCCCACUAGCUUUCCCAGAUGGCGAUUUGCACAUAUUGCAUGUAUGUAUUUGAAUUAUGAAAUAUACAUUGCAUGCGAGACUG